AUGUCGGGAACCACCAUCCGCAAGGUCGUCAUUACAGAGUUCGGUGAUGCAUCCAAAGUUCAUAUCAUCCAAGACACCAUCACCCCCCCUCCCAAGAACCAUGUGCAAGUAGCGACCAUCUACUCUGGCUUCUCUGGGGCCGACAUCAACAUGCGCAGGGGGGUCUACCCGAUGCAGAACAAAGCUCCGCUCACACCUGGCUACUGUCUCGUCGGCAUCGUCAAGACCAACGAGAAGUACCUCAUAAAAGUACCUGCAGGCAUCGACUUGCAGCAGGCCAACGCCCUGGUCUUGUAUUGGAACACGGCGUACGCCAUGGUCUUCGAGUCCGCCAAGGUGACUGCGGGCCAGCGAGUCUUCAUCCACGGCGUCAGCGGGGCCGUCGGCUAUGCCCUUAUGAAGCUAUGCCAACUGCAGGGCGCCCAGGUAUACGGCACGGCAUCGGAGCGGAACCACAAAGUCGCCCGUGCACAGGGUGCUACGCCGUUUGUUUACACCGACAAGAACUGGAUCAAGAUAAUGAAGGACCUCGGCGGGGCAGAUGCUGUGUUCGAUCCUUUAGGAUUCGAGAGCUGGGACGAGUCGUUUUCGAUUUUGUCACCUACUGGCAUCCUUGUUGGUUUCGGCGGGAACCUGCCAUCGCUCAACGAUGAUAGCGAAAGCCGGUCGGUUGUCAUGCCCGCUGUGAAACUAUUGGCGCGGGACGACGCGAGAUUCGAGCCAAACUUGAAGACGCUGUUUGGUUUGAUAGCCAAGGGGAAGAUUACAGUGCCAAUCAACAACGUCUAG